AUGGUUCGGGGUGUCAUCUCAGCCGCCGUCGCUGCGGCCGCGCUCGCAGGCACAGCUCUUGCCGGAGCAAAAUGCACAAAGGAUAACCACUGCCCUCAGGAUACUCCCUGCUGCUCUUUGUAUGGCGAUUGUGGUGUCGGUGCUUUCUGCCUCGGUGGAUGCGACCCGCUCAUGUCGCACUCGUUCGACUCGUGCGUUCCCGGUCCCGUAUGCAAGUCGGGGAAAUACAGCCUCGACAGUCUCGACGAUGUUCAGACCAUUGACAACUACCUCGGCGAUGCAUCAAAAGUCAACUGGCAGUCGCAGGGCAAGCCCACCAUCUACACCGACCCCAAGAAUGGAGAGAAGUCGACCCUCCUGACCAUGGCACAGGGUACUGUGGGAACCCUGUUGGCGUCGACAUAUUACGUGUGGUACGGAAAGAUUUGCUCCAAGAUCGGCUCAGCCCAGGGCAAGGGCGUCGUCACGGCCUUCAUCCUUAUGUCGGAUGUCAAGGACGAAAUCGACUACGAAUGGGUUGGUGCCGACACUGCAAAUGUCCAGUCCAACUUUUACUCACAGGGUGUGACAGUGUACACAAACGGCAAGAACCUCACUGUACCUGACGGUAACACCGUUGAAGAAAUGCACGAAUACUGCAUUGAUUGGUCCGAAGAUAGUCUCAUCUGGUCUAUCAACGGCGACAAACAACGCACCCUGAACCGCAAGGACACCUGGAACUCAACCUCGAGACGCUUCGACUACCCACAAACACCUGCGCGUAUCAUGCUUUCCCUCUGGCCUGCUGGUCUUCCCACCAACGAACCAGGUACCGUCGCCUGGGCAGGAGGAGAAAUCGACUGGAACUCACCCUACAUGAUCAACGGAUACUACGCCGCACGUUUCCAGGAAGUCACCGUCGACUGCUAUGACCCACCAUCCGGCGCCCAGGUCAAGGGCAAGAAGACGUACAAGUACACAGACAAGGCUGGUACCAACAACACCGUCGCCAUCACUGAUGACUAUGUCGUUCUGGGCUCACUCAUGGGUACUGGUGAGAACCCAGGAAAGCCGAUCAAGAGCGGCGACCCUAAGCCAACACAAUCCGUCGCCAUGGUUCCUGGUGGUAACCCCGGUGGCGGUGCAGGUCGAGAAGUCGAGACCUCUGGUGCUGCUGCUCAGGGUGGUUCGGGCGCACAGCAAACAGCUGCUGCCGGCAACGGCGGUAGCUCCUCAGGCCAGUUCAUCCAGGGCGGAUCCAGCAAUGGCGGCAGUACCGGUGCUGCAACUGUUGUCCAGCCUGGUCUUGGUCGCAUGGGCGGUUCAAUCUGUGCCAUUGUCGUUGCCAUUCUCGGCUUGAUGGCAUUGUAA